GAGAUCAGGCUGAGGUUAUUCACCCCCCGAUGCAGAUUCUGGCGAGAGAGACCGGAGUUAUGGCCCUUUGAUGACCCCUACUGGGCUAUAUACUGGCCAGGGGGACAGGCACUGUCGAGGUAAGAUGACAACCAUGGCUAACCGGUCACUUUAUUAGGUACACGCCUUAAACUGCUCGUUAACACAGAUAUCUAAUAAUGCAUUCACAUGGCUGCAACUCAGAGCAUUUAGGCAUGUAGACGUGGUCAAGACGACCUGCUGAAGUUCAAACCAAGCUUCAUGGGCCUUCCGCAUACCUCUACAGUUGUUACCUGACAUGUUUUAUAUCUAUAUGUUUUCCUCUACGUUGGUGUCAGCUUUAACCUUACAGUUUCUGUGCCAUCGCCAGCACAGAAACACCAUCCUACCAUAACCGCCAUCCAUUCCUAAGGCAGGUUCUCUCUGAUUGUGAUCUGUAUUAGUGUUAGUGUGUACCAGUCUACCUUCAACGCCCAACCCUUCACACCAUGGCGUUAAAUACUUGCAAUUUUCUAAUAACGAGUGUACCGACUCUAUUAUAACCAUACAUUGAAAUUCAUGUUAAAAAGAAACUUUAUUAAAAAUUUUAUUUCUAACAGAACAGAAUAAACUUUCUGGCAUAUGCAGAAGAGCAUUGCUGAACACUCAGCGGCAGAAGACCACACCAGGUGGCACUCCUGUCAGAUGAGUAUCAUGUAUAUCUUAGAUAACCCUGAGGUGUGCCGGAAUCAGACAGUCCUGGAUCUGGGGAGCGGCUGUGGAGCCUCAGCCAUUGCUGCAACACUGCGUGGUGCUGCUCACGUAGUAGCUAAUGACGUUGACACUGUUGCAGCUGUUGCGACCCAAAUGAACUGUGAGCUGAACGGGCUGGAACCACCUGUUUGUCUGACGACAAACAUGAUUGGUUCAGAACCCGACGCCUUCAGCCUGAUCCUCUUAGGUGACAUGUUCUACGAUGAGGCCCUCGCCACUCACCUUCACAGCUGGUUGGACAGCUGUGUCAGAGUCCAUGGCACUAAAGUACUUAUCGGAGAUCCCGGCAGAGCCCAAUUUGAGAGUCACAGCAUCCGACAGCUGUUGCAUCAGCUUGCCCAGUUUGAGCUGCCUGAGUCUGUUAGAGAGGAGAACUAUGGUCUAACUUUCAGCACUGUUUGGUGCUACCGUCCUGAACUGUAACAAAUAAAUCGUAGCAUCUGUGAUGUAUUAAUCUCUGCCUAAUUAUUGUAUCAAAAAUACUCCCCUGGAUUGAAAUGUGAAGAUGUUUUGUGACUUCUACGCAGUUACUGUUUACUCUUGGUCAUGAAAAGUCUUCAUUGAAAAGAAGAAACAGAAGUGGAAGGGAAUACAAGCUUAAAGUUAUUCAUAAUUUUAGUGUAUUGUUAACUUGAUCGCAAUUUUUAAAUGCAUGUAAGUUACACACUGCAUAUUAGUGCUAUUCACAAACAUUUGCAGAGAACUCUCAUGAAUAUAUUGGUAAAUCAACAAGAAACACUGAGAAAUAUGAUUCUUGAAAUAUUUGACCUGUAUAAAGUAUUAUGGCCCUCACACUAUCUUUUUCAACUGUUUAAUAACUCAUGUAUUAAAUGUAUUUCACAUCGUUCACUUUUGAGUCACAAAAUUUAGAAACAUUCUUGCCAUUCAUACAACCUGGAAAGUUUGGCUUAAAAUUAUUGACCAAUUUAAACACUGGGUGAUAAACAGAAGAUGGCAAAAGACAAAAAACAAAAACAAAGGGAAAAAAACAACAACUUGGUACCAAACUCUUGAACCUUAAUGUCACAGAGUACAUAGUGUGCAUUAUUAUUACUAUUAUUAUGUAGGCAUUAAUAAAUACUAAUUUAAUAAAGAUGUGCCACGCUUAAUUUCAUAAGAAGCAUGAAGAUACAGUGAUCUUUAUCCAGUAGUGGGAAUUAUGUUUGUGGCUAAACCAUUAUACACAAAAACAUCAAAGCGUGUGAGGCUGUGCCAGUAAAGGGUCGUAGAUUUGACAUCUCUGAAUGAAAUUCAAAAUGUUUUUUAUAACUAUGGUUAAUGUAUAGUUUGAAUUCUAAGGUACACACAACACAACAAGACAUAGAAGAGGGGAUAGUUUACUACACAUAAAAACACAAACAUUAAUCUCCAAUCUUCCAACUGUAUCUUUCUGUUCUGACUUUAGAGUCUUUGUUUGUUUAUUGAGCCGCACUUUGAGAAUCACACUGUUGUGUGUGGUAGUGUGGGAGAAAAGGGGUAAGGUGUGUGUUGGGUCUGUCUAGCACAGUCCCACCGCUGGAACGAGACAAUUUAACUACACAGCAAAAGCAUUGAACACCAAGUAGGCAAAGUUCUUUAUGUUACUCAUGCAUGAGGGAGAGAACCACGACAAGCGCCGUUCCUUCGCUUGACCCCA